CGCAGAGCCGGAAGUGAACAGUUGCAGUUGCCGAUGACAACCGCUGCUUGAAGUAACAGACUGGAAAGAGCUAAGAGCUAAGUUGUCGCUUUAAACGAGUGACAAAUAACGAAGUUGUUAGUUUAAGAGUUGGGAUAGUAAUAGUUGCUCCUUCCUGUCCCGAGUCGACUUGAUCCCUGUGGUCCUCAGUCUCUCCUGUUGGGGGUCAUCGGCUCUGCGCCUGUCCUCUGUAGAUGAAGAUGUCCCUGGCCCAGCGAGUCCUCCUCUCCUGGAUCUUCGCCCUCAUCUUCCUCAUCAUGCUCGUCCUCAAGCUGGACUCUAAGAUCCACUGGAACUGGUUUCUCGUCUUCCUCCCCGUCUGGACCUUUGACACCAUCCUCAUCCUCAUGCUCGUGGUUAAGAUGGCGGGACGCUGCAAGCCUGACUUUGACCCCAGGGACGGCGAGCAGAGUCUGAAGAGGAGGCUGUGGUAUCUGACGGCGCUGCUGCUGAAGCUGGCCUUCUGUCUGACUCUGUGCUCGCACCUGGAGAGGCUCUUUGAGACGUGGGUCAGUGUUGUGUGUGUGCCUCUGUGGGUGCUGCUGGGGGGGGCACUGGUGGAGCUGGGACACAGUGUUUUCCACUACCGGAGGGACUGAAGCAGAAUCACCUGCAGUGGAAAAACUUAUAAACUCCAGCGUCUCUGAUUUAGGAUGCACCAACCCAUCCGGUGGAUUGUCAUCAGGAAACAUAUGACUUCAUACACUUGGAUGGAGUUUCAGUCAGUCCCGAUUGAUCCAAACAUCAAAACUGUUUUUGUUUUGGGAUAACAAACUGUUUAAUCUGUAAGUCACACAUCGGGUUAGGAGUGUUUAAUAAGUUCUACACGUUGUGGAGAAAGUUGGAGCGGUGCAUCCUUUUCUCUCACCACACUAAGAAGACUUGUUCAAACUGCAUCUUUGUGAAUGUUUCAUGUGCACCACUCAUUCAUAGAAUUAAUAUUAUUUUUCUGCAAGAAUUAAGAGUGCCUUUUGUCUCUCACUUUAAAAUCACCACAUGUACACACGGGUGAAGUAACGUUGUAACAUUGGUUUUAGAUCUACACUAGCUUGCACUGUGAGCCAUAUUAAAAAAUGAAAGUACAACACGUAGCUUUUUAAUGCUGUAAGAAACUUCAAAACCCCUCAUGUGUCAUACAGUCCACCUGUAUUUAAGAUUUUAAAAAUACUGAGCUCCCCAUCAACAGAUUAAUACGCUUUAACCAGACACCAGAAAGAGCGAUGAUUCUUGAUACUCUAAAUUGAGAUUUCCAAAUAUUUAGUCUACAAAUAUGUUUCAUUAAUAAAAUCCCCUUAAAUCAACCACAGCAAUCCUAACUCAAGGUCUACUCGCUCAGGUUUAUGUCAGAGCUCAGAAUAUGCAGAUAUCUGUGCUGUUAUUGGUAAGAUAUUUAGUAAAUGAAACUUACUUAAAGUUUGUAUUUAUUUUGUGAUAAAUACCCAAAGAUUGCUAAACCCAGAUUUUCAGAAUAAAAGUGUUGAUGGCCUGAACGUUGUGUUCUAAAUAGUAGCUUAGUUAACUAAUGCUUAAUGUUU